AUGGGUCGAACUGUUUUUAUUGAAACAGAUGUAGUUACUUCUCAAUUAAAUUCACUCUCAACAAGUCGAUUUUCUUUUGGAUUUCUUUGUGGUCAAUGUACGAAAUCAGAACGAGAUUAUAUUCAUUAUACAAUUGAUGGUAUUACAUCAAAACAAACUGAUAUAGAUUCAUUUUUUGAUUCAUCAUCAACAAAUAAAGACUUAUGGGCAAAAAUUAUUGAAAUAACAUCUUCAUUAUGUGCUGGUGUGUCUAUUAUUGGUUUUUAUUGUCGAGCAAAAGGUGAUACAUUAAAAUCAACAAAUUUUACAUUAAAAGUUCGACGUUUAU